AUGUCGUUCGGUGGAUUUGGUGGCUCGAAUACCUUCGGGCAAAACACUCAGCAGCAAAGCUCUGGCUUUGGUGGCUCGGGAUUUGGAGGAUCAGGUACCACCGGAGGAUUCGGAAGUAACACGACUGCAUUUGGUGCUGCCAAUACCGGAACUGGGGGAAGUGUAUUCGGGAGCAACACAUCAGGAGGCUUCGGCUCCGGCGGAGCUUUCGGUAGUAACCAGACGCAAACAAACUCCCUUUUUGGUGGCAACAAACCAAGUGGCUUUGGCUCUACGGCCACUACUGGAGGAAGUCUCUUUGGCAGCAAUACCGCCACAACAACAUCGAGUGGAUUUGGGUCGGGAGGUUUUGGAUCCACGGGCACUGGUACCACUGGUGCAUUCGGCAGCAACACCGCCGCAAAUGCCAAUCCUUUUGGAGCAAAACCAGCUUCUGGUUUCGGCACUACUACUACCACUCCUAGCACAGGCUUUGGCGGCACUGGAGGUGGUUUUGGUCAGACGACAGCCCCUGCUUUUGGAGGUGGAGCUGGCGCCGGUACUGCCUUUGCCGGUCAGACACCAGCCCCAGAAGGAACAGCAAAUCCCCCUUUCAAUCCAGUGACGGAGAAGGAUCCAAACUCGACCACAAACAAUGUCUACCAGAGCAUAUCAUAUAUGCCACCUUAUCAGCGCUACUCCUUUGAAGAACUUCGCUUAGCAGACUAUCAGGCUGGCCGCCGUUUCGCAAAUGCAAGCGGUCAACCAGGCGCUUUUGGUGCUCCAGCAUUCGGUGGAUCAGGCUUUGGUCAACCAGCCACUGGAGCCUUUGGAACUACUGGCGGUGGUUUCGGUACAGCUGCUACUAGUGCCCCAGCAUUUGGCGCUCAAACACAGACCACCACUGGUGGAUUCGGCACUAACACAACCCAGACUAAUUCUCUGUUUGGACAAAAACCAGCAACCUCUUUGUUUGGAGGUAACACCACCGCUACUACCCAGCCAAGUCUCUUUGGAGGUACUACAGCUACUACAGGUGGCUUUGGCGCCGCCAACACUACCAACACCACGAGCACAGGCUUUGGGGGAAGCUCGUUGUUUGGAAACCAGCAACAGCAACAAAAGCCUGGCUUGUUCGGUAGCCAGACUCCUGCUACUACUACUACUACGGGUGGUUUUGGAAGUACUCCUGGCUUCGGAACAAACACAAAUGCUACUUCCACGACUACUCCUUUUGGAAGUUCUAAUACCACUACAGGCUUCGGAAAUGCCCAGCAAACCGGAACUACUUCUGCUUUUGGCGGUGGCUUUGGCCAACAGGCCCAAAACCAGGCUAAACCCGGCCUCUUUGGAAACACUCAACAGCAGCAAGGUGGAACAGGGCUGUUUGGGGGGAGUGGGACUACAGGCACGUCUCUCUUCGGAAAUACUCAACAACAACAGCCACAGGGUACAUCACUCUUUGGAGGAGGUCAACCUCAACAGACCGGCGGCACUGGCCUUUUCGGCGGCGCUCAACAACAGCAAGAGCAAAAACCUAGUCUCUUUGGCGGUCUGGGCACUAAUACGACGACAACUACUGGUACUUCUGCUUUUGGCGGCUUGGGUGGCAAUCAACCUGCUCAAACUGGAACGACCAGCCUGUUUGGCAGCAAUCAGGCCCAGCAGCAGCAAAAACCCAGUUUAUUCGGGAACACCGGCGGAACUUCAUUGUUUGGUGGAAGUGCAACCGCCCAGCCAACCGGAUCUCUCUUUGGAGGCCAGACACAGCAACAGCCAACAGCCGGCUUUGGUACAAGCAUGUUUUCUACAUCUCAACAGAACCAACAGCAACUGCCGGCUCAACAGCAGGCACAGGCUCCAGCUCCGGGAAGUUUCCAAGCUUCACUUCUUGAAGGCAAUCCGUACGGCAACCAAUCCAUUUUCUCGGGUUUGCCUGGUCAGAACGCCCCCAGUCCGGGUCCUCUUGCCACUCCUCUAUCAGCCAGCAUGAGACAGAAGCAGCGUACUCCUCUUCCAAUUUAUAAAAUAACACCCAAUGCUGCCAACCGCCUUAUUACUCCUCCUCGACGCCAAGGAUAUGGCUUCUCGUACUCCACAUAUGGAAGUCCGGCAAGUGCUUCGAGCGUUUCUAGUUUCAACGGAAGCUUGCUUGGUAGCACCAGCCUCCGCGGAGGUAAUGUCAAUGGCAGCUUUGGACGUAGCUUUGGAAAGAGCUUCUCCACCAGCAAUCUUCGCAAGUCAUUUGAUCCCGACAGCGACAGUGUCCUCGCUCCAGGCGCUCUCACAGGCUCCGCUUCUCGCUACUCCAGCGGCAGCUUGAAGAGGCUGACUAUUGAUCGAAGCUUGAGAAAUGAUCUCUUCCAGCGCCCUUCUGCAUCGCCAGCGCCAAUCACCAACGGCGAGGAUGCAGCACAGUCUCCCGACAAACUCAAGAAACGUGUUAGCUUCGAGGCGCCAACUAAUGGAGCUUUGGUUCGUGCUGAGACAGAAAGUGCUGAACCUACCGCCGAAGAACUUGGCUUUCUACGCUCCAUUCGCAAGGGCGAGCAGGUCAACGGCACGAAUGGAACUGCUUUGGGUAAAGCCAAGAAACCGGAAAUGGAACAAGCCCGUGUGAGCGAACUUGCUGUUGUACCAGAAGCUGGUGUACCAACAACAAAUGGAACCUCAAAAACCGGUGUCACCGUCGACCCCCAACCUGGCGAAUACUGGAUGAAGCCCUCUCGGGCUGAACUGAGCAAGAUGUCACGAGACCAGCUCAAGCACGUUGAAGGCUUCACUGUCGGUCGGCAAAAAUGUGGUCAAGUUACAUUUGAUCGCCCGGUUGAUCUUACUACUAUUGAUCUAGACAACGUUCUCGGCGGUAUUGUGCAGAUCACCGUUCGCUCCAUCACUGUCUACCCGGAUGAAGCGACGAAACCCCCUCGCGGCAAAGGUUUGAACGUGCCUUCAACCCUACGAAUUGAGAACUCUUGGCCUCGUGGAAGAGAUCGCAAGACUUCUUCAAGCAUCAUCAGCGGUCCACUUUUCGACAAGCAUGUUGACCGCCUCAGCAAGGUGACUAACACUGAGUUUGUGACCUAUGAGAAAGAUACCGGUAUCUGGGUUUUCCGCGUUGCUCAUUUUACCACAUAUGGUCUUGAAUAUGAAGACGAUGAAGGUGAGAGCCUCAACCAAAGCACAUUGAGUGCGGGCCCUGACACUCCGACUCCGAAGGUUCGGCGAGAUGCAGGAGAUCGAACCGCCGAGACCACUGUUAACUCCGAGUUCGAUUCGACUAUUUCGUUCGACGAUUCCAUUGCUGACGACACAUUCGAUUUUAAGAAGCGUAAAUUGGUACCUGGGGCUUUUGGACUCGAAGAAGGAGGAAUUGAGGAUGAGGAGAUGAGUUUGGCGGAAGAAGACGACGAUGGAUCUACGGUGGAGAACGACAUUACUGGCUCGGUUUCCUUGCAAGACGUUGACGACGUUACUGAAAGUAUUACUUCUGAUGUAUCUAUUGAUGAUGGGGAUAUGGAGAUGGCGGGUUCUUUUCCCGUACCUCGUGGUGAUGAUGAAUCUGAAGAUUUGACCGAUAUUGCACUGCGCACCUCGCAUUGGGGAACCCCCUCGAAGCCAAGCCUCGACCUUAGUGGUGAUUGGGCCGACCAGCUACAACGAACAAUCAGUCCGCGAAAACAGAACCGUGACUUGUUGCGAGAGAAGCAGGCCGACGCUUUUGUCGACAGAAACUCACCAAACAAAAGACCCGAAUCACGCGCGACCACUGCUGGCAAGACGAAGUCUAUUACUUCGAGCAUCGAUUUGAUGAAUUCGCUCUUUGCGCACAAGGGUGUUCAAGCAGGAUCACUAGGGAAGAAGCAGAAAGGACAAUUGAAGGCUUUUGAGUUGUCUCAUACGAAAACGCCGAAGACUUUUGCAAGCAGUUCUUUUGAACUGUCUUCUGACGAAGCCGCUUUUCAUCGUACACGCAAACCUCGUUGGGCAAAUAAGGAUGCUUUGGUGAUGAUCAAUGAUGGUCACAGUAAGGUUCAAAGUUCGGAUCAGCCUUGGUCAAGCGGUAUCUCUCUUGGCGAGAUUGACGUACUUAGAUUUGCCGAUGCUGCAGAGUCAAUCGAUGUUCUAGAAGCCCAGCGGCGCCAGUCCUCAAUUCGUCUCAUUGACAGCGCACCAUCUGCUCGUAUCAACAGUUUCGACUUUCGAUCAUUUGUGCAAUCUUCUACUGGGCCUGAGCGAUACGUCUGGCAGCUUGUCAAUAUUCUUUUCAACGAUGAGAUUGAAGAUGAUAUCUCGGCUGGCGUACCGCCACAACUUCGCAACAACUUCUUGCAUCGUAUCAAGAAGGACCGUCUUAGUCGACUUUGGGAAAACAUUGUUCGAGAGAAGCACGGUGAAGAUGUGGGAAAUCUUGUUCUUCCUGAAGAAGUAGCUAUUGCCUACCUCACGCAACAUCGUGUUGAAGAUGCGUGCAAGAUCCUCGUGGAUAGCGGAGAUCUUCACCUAGCGACCAUGCUUGCUCAAAUUGGCCGAGACAGUGUUAUUCGAAGCAACAUGCAAAAACAGGUUGAAUCAUGGCGUCAACACAAUGUCUACUCCGAGUUCAGCGAGCCAAUCCGGGCUUUGUAUGAAUUACUUGCAGGCAACGCUCUUAGGUCGAUUGGUCGCUCCUCAGGCGCCCUUGAAGACCGCGCGUCUACCUUUACACUCUCAGAGCGAUUCGAGCUUGACUGGAUUCAAGCUUUUGGCUUGCGGCUAUGGUACAGCAUCACGGAAGACGAGCCUCUUGAGGUUGCUGUUGCACGUUUCUUCGAAGAUAUCACCACAGGUGACGAACCAGCAUUCCCGUUCCCGGCACACUUGGAACAAGAACUCGCUGGGUUGCAUCAAAACGCCAACUCUCGUUUCUUGGAGUCUCCUCUUUGGGUCAUAUUGAAAGUCUAUGCUGCUACGACAUCGACGAAUGUGGCUUCUGAUUUGAAAGUCAAUCUUCCUGAUGCGAUAUCACCAGAAGCCGUGUCUGGUAAUCGGCUGUCGGGCCGUUUGUCAUUCCAGCUACAUCAAGCCCUUGUCACCAUAGUCGGCCAGAACGAUAGGGUUGCGAUUGAUAAAGCUCGCACGGAUCAACUCACUUGGAGCUAUGCGUCGGAAUUGGUCGCUUCCAAUGCCAUGGAGCCAGCCCUUUUUGUCUUGCUUCACUUGUCACGGGCUGGUGACAGAGAACAUGCCAUUAAAGAAACCCUUGGCCAGUUUGCUGCUUCAUUACCAACUCCCUUGUCUCAAGAUGGCAAGCCUGACGAUGUAUGGAACUAUCUUGUUCAAGCCUUGCAACUACCCGAAUCAUGGAUUUGGGUCGCCAAGGGAUUAUACGCCCGGUACAGCGGUGACUUUGCCAAUGAAGUCGGCUAUCUCAUUCGCGCCAAGAACUGGAACGAGGCACACUCGACAUUAUGUCGUGUCGUGGGACCGCGAACCAUCAUCGAAUGCGACUGGAGUAUCUUGAGUCAACUGCUAAACGGAUUUGGAGAAUCACCAGACCGAAAAGUGCGUGGUUGGAGUAGUGGAGGAGCCGUGUAUGAGGAUUACUUGCGACUCGUUACGGCGCAGGGGCCACGAGAUACGAAUGUGCUGAAACGUCUGAUUGCAUCGUUGGGUUUCAUGGGCGAGAAGAUUAAGCAGACUUCUGGCCUGGAAGGGUUGGAGGAACGUGUUGCUUUUAUGGAGAUGAGCCGUGUUGUUGCGGGAUGGAGUGCGCGGGAGGAAGACGGCGUGGAGUUGUCUGCUAUUCUUAGGUUGCCUUUGACAGGUGAUGCAAGGGUAGCACAUACAGCUGAGAUUGGCCGUCGCUACUACAGCAUGGUCAUGGCUACUGCUCAUUAG